AUGGUUCCCGAGCAAGCCAACGAAAACUUUAAUCAUCCUCCAAACAAUCCUCCUAAUCUGAUAUGCCCUGACACCGGAGAACAUAAAGUUGUUUACGCUGAGAGAUCGGAAAUAACUGCAAGACAUUACUGGUCUGAUCCACAGGCAAAAGAUCCUGAGGGGGACAGUUUAGUCGGCCCAACAAUAGUUUCUGGAAGUCCAAGUGGUUCAGAAUUUACGAGAGGAACACAUACUGUGACUUACGAAGUGUCAGACAAUAAAGGAGCUAGAUCUUCAUGCAGUUUUUCCUUUUCUGUGAAAGUGAUCUCUUGUCACCCUAUACAACCACCAGACAAUAGCAUAAUGACAUGCGACGGGGAGUUUAUUUACGGAUCAUCAUGUAGAAUAAAGUGUAAAGAAGGACAUGAAAUGCUGCCCAUAAGAAGCAACAAUGAACAAGUUAUAACAUGUGAAACAAACGGAGAAUCUGGAAUCCACAGUGAAAGCCCGAACGCAUGCCAUGAAAUUUCCUGCCCAGGGAAUGAUCCUGCCUUAAAGCCAGCGAAUGGUCAAUCGUUGUGCUCCUCUUCCGACUACACGUAUAAAACUGUGUGUUCUACACGUUGUGAUAGUGGUUAUUCCGUUCUUGACGAAAAUCAGAUUGAAUAUAUUCAAAAACCCAUCAUAAGCGAUUGCCCCGAGAACAUAUAUGCCUAUGCUGGGAGAAACAGUCAACCAUCCAGUGUUUCCUGGCAUGAACCCACUGCAUUUGAUAACUCAGGAAACGCCACUGUUAUACAGAUAGAAGGCAAAAAAUCAGGUUCAUUGUUUCCCCUUGGGUCACAUGGAAUUGUUUACUCUGCCGCUGACGCAGAAGGAAAUAUUUCCCCAAACUGCACAUUCAAAAUACAUAUUACAG